GUUCUGCUCAAAAUAUUCACCUGCUACCUGAUUUACCUAAUACAUCUGGGUCUGUUAGUGAUAUUAAAAAAUAUAUUUCAAAAUGCACCUCAGAUGCCUCUAUCCAAAUUCUUCAAGAUGCAGAUAUUCCUGAAGAUGCAAUUAUGAAAAGUACUGGUCAUAAAAGCUUCCAAGGU